AUGGCGGACCCCUUUGCUCCCUUCAAGGUCGAUCUGCCCUUGGAAUCCCAGCGAGGAUUCAAUACUCGUCAGAUUCACUCCGGGGCGAUACCCGACCCAGCGACCAAGGCCCGAGCGGUUCCCAUAUAUUCCACGGCUCCCACGGUCGAGGUACUCGAAAAGAGGGUAGCUGCCCUCGAAGGAGGCACUGCUGCUGUGGCCUGCGCCUCGGGGCAAUCGGGCGUCUUCCAGACAGUCCUGUGUCUCGCUCACGCCGGGGACAAUAUUAUCAGCUCAAUCAACCUCUAUGGGGGUACUUAUAGUCUGUUCAAAUGCAUUCUUCCACGGCUUGGGAUCUCAGUCAAAUGGGUGCCAGACAGCGAUCCUGAGAGCUACCGCAAGCUGAUCGACGAUCACACGAAACUGGUCUUUGUUGAAACGGUAGGAAAUCCGCGGAUCAGCAUACCGGAUCUCAGGGCAAUUGCGGACAUUGCACACGAGAACAAAGUGCCCUUUGCAGUAGACAACACCUUCGGCGCUGGUGGUUUCUGGUGUCCGGCGAUUGAACACGGUGCAGACAUUGUGAUCCACUCGGCCACCAAGUGGCUCGGUGGUCAUGGCACCACGGUGGGUGGGAUCAUUGUCGAUUCCGGGCGCUUCAAUUGGAACGAGUCCGACAGGUUCCCGCACUUGACAAAGCCGAGCGAGGGGCCCAUGGCGUUUUCGUAUGUCAGUGCAUUUGGGAAUGUCGCAUUUGCAUUAGCUCUGCGCAUUGAAGUUGUGAUGGAGGUGGGCGCCGUGAUGAAUCCCUUUGCGGCGCAUCAGAUCCUCGUCGGGAUCGAGACUUUGAGUCUACGAUGUGAACGGAUCGCGUCUAAUUCUAUGCGGAUCGCUGAAUUCUUGAGCCAACAUCCUCUCACCGGUUGGAUUAGCUACCCCGAUUGCAAGACCAUGGCAACCCAUCCGUGGGGCUCCACGCAUUCCAUAAUGACCGAAGAAGACCGUAUCCGUGCUGGAAUUACCGAAGAUUUAAUCCGACUAUCAGUAGGUACAGAAGAUGUUGAAGAUAUCAUCGCUGAUUUAUCCCGUGCAUUCGACGCCAUAGCGUCGGUGAUGAAAGAGAAUGGUAGUGACAGUGGAAAGAUUUAUGACAAUGUACAGACUACGGUAGAUGGGAUAACUCCAGAGACAUGUGAUAUCAAAUCCGAUGUCGCGGUGAAGGAGUUUGAGUCCUCUGUAACAGAGAUGCUUUAA